GAAAAGUCACAAGCCAAACAAUUUCCAGUAACUUCGUAUACUGAAUGACACGCGCUAGUUUUUAUCAAAGAUACGGCACAAUUCACCAUUGGAUCGUUCACUACAGUUCAAUCGGUUUAAUCUUUCGAGGUUCUCAUUGAUAGAUAAAUAUUUACGAGAUGCAGCUACUAUUAAGCAUGCAAAUAUUUAUAAUUGUAAACAUGUGCUUAACGAUUUCCUUUGCGCAUAAUUGCAUUUUGUACAGUGAAGAUUAUAAGUGUAAAUUAGGAACGAAAACACCGUAUAGAUUUAUAGCUAACUACGAUGAUUUUCCUCUUGAAUAUAAACGUUGUGUUCCAAAGAAGAUAUGGUUGGUUUUGAGACAUGGCACAAGAUUUCCUGGCUCAAAGUUCAUAACACCUAUGAUUGAAAAACUGCCAGAAUUACAAAAAAUUAUUCUAGAUAACUAUCAAAGAAAUAAAACAAGUCUUUUCGCCGAAGAUGCAGCGUUAUUAGCAGGUUGGAAAGUCACCCUUACAGAGGAUAAUAUCAUGAAAUUGGUAGAGGAAGGUGAAAAUGAGAUGAUUGAUCUUGCAGAAAGAUAUCAAUCUAGGUUUCCUACAAUCAUGCCAGAAGAAUACGAUAAUCAAACUUACAGGUUCAAAUACACUGCCAACCAACGUACUGAGGAAAGCGCAAAAAACUUUGCUACCGGUUUAUUUGGCAGGUACACCAGCCAGAAAGUUUGGUAUCCGGAUGCAAAAGACAAGGAUCCUGUGUUAAGAUUUUAUAAACGUUGUCGUCGUUGGCUUCUUCAAGUGCACGAAAAUCCAGACGCGCAAAUAGAGAAUGAAAAGUUUUUACAGACUGAAAUUUAUACCAAGAUGUUGCAAGACGUUUCGGAGCGUAUCGGUUAUAGGGUCGAUCACGAAAUCGCAUCCUUGAUGUACACGAUGUGCGGAUUUGAAACAGCGUGGCAUCCAAAUAUAGAGUCACCAUGGUGUAGAAUGUUUUCUUUAAACGAUUUGAAGGUACUCGAAUUUGCAGAGGAUUUAAAAAAAUAUUGGGUCGACGGUUACGGUUACAAAUUAAAUUACGAACAAGCAUGUCCUGCAUUGAGAAAUAUGUUCGACUUUGUCACAUCAGAUGAUGGACCAUUAGUAUCGGCAUACUUCACUCAUUCGGGUACCAUUUUGAAGUUGCUGGCUUCUCUGCGAGUUGCACAAGAUGAUCAGCAUCUAAUGCACGAUAUGUUUCCGCUGUAUGGAGACGAUAGAGCGUGGAAGACCGGUAUUAUUGAUGCGUUUGCAUCUAACAUCGCGUUUGUUUUAUACAAUUGUUCACCUGUGGGUCCUAGUCUCCUUUUUAUGCAUCAAGAAAGACCACUCUAUCUCCCAGGGUGUCCUUUACAUGUACCGUGUCCGUUAUCUACUAUGAGGGCGCUAUAUCCCGAUCACGAAGUAGAGUGUCAGUUCGACGCAAUGUGUAGCAUCGAAGAGGAAAGCACGCAAUUCGAAAAAGAUGCGGAAUCAUAAAGUAUUUAACGAGAGAAAUGAACUUUUAGUCAUCUUUGUAAAUUAUACAAAUAAACAACUAUUUUUCUAGUA